CGUUCAUCCACUUGGCCAGCGACGCCACUUGCGACGGCUCGUCAAGAUCCCCGCCCUCCGCCCCCACGCGCGCUCGAUUCUGCGUCGUCCGUUUGGUUCGUCCCUUGCUCCGCCCCCGUCCUCGUCGUCUCCUCCCCCACUCCCGUCUCGUCGGCUUUCUUUAACCAAUCCCCUGGCCACCCAUCGCAACCCCCAGUCCCCCACCAAUCCUUUUCCCUUUUCCUGAUGGUGGUAACAAUGAACCGCAGCGGCGAUCUCUCCGAGCCGGAUUGCUGCAGCGGCGGUCGCUGGCGCUGCGUACGGGUUUCGCGGUCGCGUGUGGAUUCGAUUUGACCGCCUUGGCCUGGUGCAGCCGAGUAUAUUUGCUAGCGGUGCGAGUAAUCUGUUCGGGCUCCUGGUUCUCGGCUUUGUUCUUUCGUGUUCUUCGGUGAGGUGCUGCUCUUUCGUGCCUGGUGCAGUGGAGCGAUCGGGAGAGCUGGAAUCACAAUCUUCUCGAAACGAGAUCUUUUUUACAUUGCUUCACUCCACAUACUAUUGGGACAAGUCUGUGGGUAGGAUCAUGUCUGAACAACCUCUGAGCACAGGGAGUGCCUUGAAGUGUAACUAAGUUGCUACGUUGGUGAUUUUUUGUAUUUGCAUUCUUCUUCCGAAAGUUCAUGAAAGAUAUGUUUAAAAAAUCCAAUUAGUUCUGUGACAGUGGAUGAUGAUCAUGGAUUGUACAGUAGUCAGAACAGUUAGUGAGUCAAAACCAGGCAAUGAGCAAAAGGACUCUUUAGAAGAACUUCCUGGAGCUAUGGAGACUUUAGUAGUGCAUGAUCAUGAAGAAGAAAAAUUAAUUGGACUUGAAGAUGAUACAGAAUUAACACCUUAUGAAGGAAUGGAAUUUGAGUCUGAAGAUGCUGCAAGGGAUUUCUACAGCACAUACGCUAGAAGCACAGGUUUUCGAAUUCGGAUCAGCAGGUAUACUCGCUCCAGACGUGAUAAUUCAAUCAUUUCCCGCCGUAUUGUUUGCUCAAAAGAGGGAUUUCAUGAAACUCGUGCUUGUGAUGGUCUCCAUUCUGACCAAAAACAGCAAGAACGUGCAGAUACUAGGGUUGGUUGCAAGGCUAUGAUAAUGAUUAAAAAGUAUGGUCCUGGCAAAUGGAUAGUUACCAAAUUCGUAAAGAACCAUAAUCACGGACCAGUUCCACCAAGAAAACUUGAUGCUAGGCUAGCACAUCAGGACUGCGAUCCAAUGGAAAAGCCACAUUCUAUUGAGGUGGACCCUGUCGAGGAGCCGUUUGAGGGUAUGGAAUUUGAAUCUGAAGAAGCAGCAAAAUUGUUCUAUGUAAACUAUGCGAGGCUUAAUGGUUUUCGUGCGCGUAUUAGCAGGUACUGCCGUUCAAGGCGUGAUAAUUCAAUCAUUUCUCGCCAGAUCGUGUGUUCCAAGGAAGGCUUCCGUGAAGUUCGAACCAAGAAAGUGAUGACAGAUGAAGGGAAAACAAAGCGCCCGAGAAUGAUAACUAGAGUUGGUUGCAAAGCUAUGAUUGUAGUGAAAAAGAUUAACUCUGGAAAAUGGAUGGUUUCUAAAUUUGAGAAGGAGCAUAACCAUUCGCUGUCAUAUUCAACAGCAGUCCCUAGUACAUCAAACAUUACUUCUGGAGAAGCUGCUGAUUUCGCUGCAAAGAGUAGAGAUCCCAAUGAAGUAAAAAUUGAAGGAUACAGUGCAGGAACCCAAUGUAAUGAUAAUGGCACACAGUUCUCCUGCGCGUUCGAGAAAAAUUCUACAGAUUCGCUCACUGUCCUUUACAACAAUUUAUGCCAGGAGGCCAUGAAAUUUGCAAAAGAAGGGUCAGUCACAGAAGAAAUUUACCAUGUUGCAGUGUCUGCCUUGAAGGAGGCUGCAGAAAAGGUUGCUGAAGUCAAAAGGAGUCGUCCAACAUUGCCACAUCGUGGUUUUAUUACUGAAAGCAAACAUGAAGUCCUACAGAUGAAAACUAUGAGUGCUUUGGGAUGUUCAAAUGAGGUUGGACUGAAAAUAACACCCCCAGGGCCCAAGACUUUUCAAGAGCCUACCUCCAAUCUUGUGCUGAUACCAACCAACAUUUUGACUGAUUCAAGAUUAUAUAAUUGUGCUGAUAAUGCUCCGCUAUCAUGUGAUAUCCCCACAAAUGGGGGGCGGGGUAGGCAUGAACCAGAAGGUUCUUAUAUGCAUUUUGAGAACAUAAAGGAGACCUCUUCCCAGAAAUCUCAGAACACUAGUUUUAAUCAAGCCAUCCAUGAAAAGGAUGAAGGUAUCUAUGGAUCUUCUGAAGAAACUACGAUUGCUAUUCCUGCGAUACCUCUUGCCCUGUGCAUGCCUGUGACACGGAACUUACCUGGAGCUUCUGCAGAUGGGCCAUACAGAUUGUUGGCUGCACCAAUUGAAGCAGUUCCAAUUUCAUACCGUCCUGCAGAACCCAUCAGACAACAACAGAAAAGUUUUUGUAAUUUAGGUCCAUUUGCAGGUGUUCUAUCCGAACUGAAGAAUAGAGGAAAAGGUCCAAACCCUAUGGUGCAUGCUACAGCUCUUGCCUGUGGUGCUCGUGUUGUUCCUCUUGAGGAGGCAGCUUCGCUUAUUCAGGCCAUUGAAUCCAAGAUCAGAUCUGGAGGCGCCAUAAUAACAAAAUUACCUUCAAGCAACCUGACAUCGCUAGUUCCUCAGGCUGCUGCUAUGUCAUCUUCUAGUGAAGAUGGUGAGGAGAAUGACCACAGUGAGCCCCUGAUGGUGAACGUCAAACGCAACUGCCACGAUCAGAGCUCCGACGAAAUAUAGCUGCAAAGCGAGCCAUCAGAGUUGGAAACUGAAGCUGAGAAUUGUUCUCUGCCGCCUGAAAAUGAAAAUCAUGGUUCUACUGAUUGCUAACAGCUAAGACUGAAGGAUUGAAGCUAUGUGAAGAUCAAAGCUCCAAAGGUAGCAAAUUUAUACUAUAAUUUAAGACAUUUGUAAGAUUGAAUCCGUAUUCUAAUAAUGUAUUUCUGUUCACUUAUAUAGAGUAAUUGGAUUAGCCCAAAUAAUUACUUCCGGUAAAGAGUUUGUAAAAAGGACUAAUCAUACUGUGUACAUGUCUUACCGUUAUAGAAAAGAAAGGUGAUAGUGUUUAUAAACCA